GCCCCAACACGGUAACAUUCGUUGAUCAAUAUAAAAGAUCUAGGCUGCCGCCAUUCUGAGACUUUAACAUGGUCGAACUACAUCGGCCCCCUUGACCGACAGCAAUCGGUGAACGAAGUACGGAGUACGGAGUACUGGCAGUAGUUUCUCUCCCUCUUCUGGUACGAUCAAGGUCGAAGCAUGCUUCCAUCAACGACGACGACACUGCUCCUCUCCUGCCUUGUCGGAGCAGUAUGCGGACUCAGCGUGGAUGCAAAAUGGUGGUGGCCUCAUCCGAAAGCCACUUGUCUAGCCCCUGAUGCGGUGCAAACCGCCAGCUUCUACACGGGACUGGAAGAGGGAACGCCGGGCAUCAGACCCGGUCUCAGCGAGUCGUCAACAGACAAGGCCAACUUCAUCAACUUCUGCGCCGGCCGCACGCUCACCAACGGCAAGCAGAACGCGGCCGGCUCCUGCAACGGCAUCCCCAUGGGCCGUAUCCCCGCCACCACCAACAUGAUCUCGUCCAUCAUCACCUACCCGCAGCCCGGCGACCGCCUCAAGCCCAACACGACCUUUAACGUGACCAUCCAGACCCGCCACCUCCGUGCCGGCUACCUCGUGAACCCCUCGGUCAGCUACUACACGGCUCCCCAGGACCUGGAUGAGAACGGCGACAUCAUCGGCCACUGCCACAUCUCGAUCCAGAACAUUGGCAGCCUGAGGACCCUCGACGUGCCCGACCCCACCGCCUUUGCCUUCUUCAAGGGCGUCGACGACGAGGGUGAUGGUAAGGGACGCCUGUCCACCGAGGUCACUGGUGGUCUGCCCGACGGGGUAUACCGGGUCUGCACCAUGAUCGCCGCGAGGAACCAUCAGCCAGUGGCCAUGCCGGUUGCCCAGCGAGGCGCCCAGGACGACUGCACCAAGUUCGAGGUCGGUUUGUGAAGGAAGUGGUCUAAUUAGCCCAAUACAGAAUGGCCGAGCGCACGGGGGUUGGACAGGUUCGGUUUAACAUCCAGAAAUUCGACUGCAUGACCUCAAAAUACCUACCUCCCUAGGUAAUACAUAAGGAAUGUAAUCAAUAAUUAAUAGAUCCUAGCUGUGAAUCAUUUCCUGGGACCCUGCUUUGUUCCUUUAUGCUCGCUUCUUUGUGACAGCAUCUCUUUGUUUACUCCUUGCUCAGGGGAGGAGGAGGCAUCUUUUUCUUUUGAGUUCUGCUCGAAUAAAAAAAUGCCGAAGGUACCUAGGCACCUCUUUGAUUGCACCAGAACAAUCCCAUCAUUCGGUUAUUACGAUGAGAAUGUUCAAGUAUCGGCUAUUUAAU